AUGUUUCGGUUGACUGCUGCUUCACAGAAGAACCUAAACUCAUGGUAUACGAAAGGCACUAUGCGCGGUGGGGUACCCCGCAUUUAUUAUGCGUGGAUGCGACCUGGAAGUUUCACUCGGAGGCGCUUCGAGAAGAUGCGUAAUCCAUUCGUCGAUUUAGAAACUGGUACCUCUCUUUACUUCCGCGAUACACGUGAUUCAGCUGAGGCUAUAGCACAUGCUGCUGACUCUAAAGGUAUUAAAGGUAUGGAUAACGCUAUCGAUCUCUAUAAUGAGUACCGCAUUGUUCCUGAUCUUUAUCCAGAGGGGUUUCAAUGGAAGCACAAACUAAAUACAGAGUACAACCAGUGGCGGUCUAACACGUGGUUGACACCAGACCUCAUUCCAAAGGAGCAUCGCGGCCGGUUCUUGUGCAACUUUCAACUAAAUAUUGUAGCAUAUGAUAUGCGAGUGGUCAAGUUUAGUCCCAAAGACCACCGCCAGUGGAUCUAUUGCGUUCUGUAUGUGGGUAGCGGCAAAGGUAUAGCCGGAUGGGGUCGCGCUGUUGCCCCAAGCACUCAGGAGGCAAAGAAAGAGGCUAUUAGGGAGGCUUUUUCCAACAUUAUCGCUGUGGAUCUGGAGCAGGAAGGUCCCAUGUAUCCGGUCCGUGUUAACGCCGAUGGCGUGCGCGUUUUGCUCUAUCCUGCCAGACGGAUUGUGGCCAACUUCCGUGUUGCUGACAUUCUCUGCGCAUUUGGGUUUCAGCAUGCCGGGUGCAGAAUCAACUUGAAAGCGACAAAUAAUCCCAAAUCACCGACACACACUGUGGAGGGGGUCUUUGAAGCGGUCAAGGCACUUAGAAGUGUGAGUGAAAUAGCGGCGAGUCGUGGUAAGGUGCCGCAUUCCCUCAUUUAUAACAUUUAUCCGUAUUUGGAGGAAAUACGUCGGCGUAAAGGUAUGAUGGCAAUGCACCCACCGGGGAAGGAUGGGUUGCUAAUGCCCGACCGUGUUGUGGACAAUCGUCUACCCGAUCACUUGAAGAAGGGAUACUAUGACGAUGUUUACUGGAAAGACUUCUUUGCCGGAAGUGACGAACACCUUAAUGAACCGCGCAUGGGACUGCGGGGCGAUGAGAUGCGGCGCCGACUCGAAGAAGCACAAACUUCACCGGCACCCACAACGGCAAAGGACACUAGGCGACGGACGCUGGAAGACGUGUUGAAGCGAUUGGGUAAAACAACUAGGGACCUCGGUUCGAUACCAAUUGUGAAUCCACGUGUGGAUGUCGGCUUGCCAACACACAUAAAACGUAACUACCAGUUACACUGA